AUGAAACUUCAGUCCUGCAGGAGAAACAUCGUUCCGUCGUUCUCGAGCUGGAGCCUUUGUUUGUCCGACGUGUCUCCGCAUCUACAAAUACCAGGACAGUCUAGCAAGACACGUCAAGAAGUAUUUGCCUGUCUCAAAUGUCCCAAGAUCUACAACCACCACAGGUCCCUUGUUCGCCAUCUUCGUCUAGAAUGUGGCCAAGAGGCACAAUUUUCUUGUCCGCACUGCCCUUACCGAGCCAAACAACGUAACAACGUCAAGCUACACAUCAAUGCCGAGGUACAAGUGUCCUUCUUGUCCGAGGCAGUACUGCCAUCAAAAAACGCUUUUAUGAACACGCUGUUGACUUCGCAAGUGCUGCUAACGAUGAAUUCUACACAGGCUUUCAAACCUCCCAAUCCCCACAAGUGUACAAACUGCGGAAGAACGUACAAAUACAGAGAGAAUCUUGCGAGGCAUUUAAGGCAGGAAUGUGGAAUCGAACCAAUGUUUGCGUAUCCGCAACGCUAUAUGUGUGAUCAGUGUGGCCGCACUUACAAGCGGAAGGGAACUUUACUGGAGCAUACGACCCUAAUCUGCAACAAAGAGCCUCAGUUUUCCUGCAGUCUAUGUCCCUACAAGUGUCACACAAGACGUCGCGUUAAGCGCCACGUGUUGACUCAGCAUUUCAGUUAGAAUGGAACCGAUCUGGCACAAGUGUUAGAUUCAUAAGUCCCCAGAUUUUUUCAUUCAUUUGCUUUAGGUAUUUAAUUGGAGUUACUUACUUUUUUUACCAACAUUACAAUUACUAACACAUUUUGGCUAAAAAUGUUAGCAUGAUGGAUCCAAUGUGGUCCAGAUUUAAAUUUGCUCUUCUAUUUGUGAUUGGACAUUAUUGGCAUUAUUUAUGUGUUUUAUGUCAGAACAGUCUGAACCCUGUAACCAGUUGAUUUGAGCAUGGAGUGAUUCAUUGUACAGUAAUUGUUUACUCAAGUCCCUUAACAAUUGUUUAGUUUGUGUUUAGUACUUCUGUUCAUGUCUGUAAGUUACCAGAUAGAAAUAUUGUAUUAGAAAAGUGUUGUUUGAAAUUAUAAUACUACAGUACAUAUCUGUAAGUUACCACAAUUUAAUGUGUCAUUUAAAAAAAUAUUAAAAGUCUAAACACAAAAAACUUUUAUUUUUUAACAUUUUUUCUCAGCAACUUUUAACAUUUAAUUUAUAAAAUUGAUUUUUUACCAUUGUAACAAGUUAUCUAUACAACAAUUUUUGAAGUUCUCUUGACUUCUUUUUAGAAUAGCUAUUUAUUUGUUGAUUGAUGUUUAAUUGGAAAGAAAUAUAUGUAAUAUCGGGAUAUAGGAAUAUUUUAUUAAUUAAAUAAAGAGGCUAGG